AUGUAUAUUGAAAGAUACGAUCUUCAUACAGCUUCCAAGCGAGCACUGUUCGCAAACUCAUUUAAGCUCUCUUAUUUGUUCCAGUUUGAACAAGACGGCUACGUAGUGCUAGAAGACUUCCUAAGGCCAGCGGAAUGCGACGAGAUCAAAGCUGCAGGCAUAGAGCUCGCCAAAAAUGUACCUGAGACGGAGCAAAAGACUGUUUUCGCUACCACCAAUGAACAAGACAUACAGCGCACCAAAGAUGACUACUUCAUAAAUAGCAACGACAAAAUCAGAUAUUUCUACGAAGAAGGAGCAAUCGGAGACGAUGGGAAGUUAAAAGUGGACCCUACAGAAGCAUUAAAUAAGGUCGGCCACGCCCUUCACCUCCUACACCCGAUCUUCAGGUGCUACACCUACAGUGACCGAGUGAAGGCUGUCUGCCACCAGCUCGGCUUCAAGGAACCGGCGGUGGUGCAGAGCAUGUACAUCUAUAAGAACCCACGGAUCGGAGGCGAAGUUGUUCCACACCAAGAUGCUACGUACUUAUUUACGGAACCCAUUCCGCCUCUUGGUUUCUGGAUCGCUAUCGACGACGCAACGAUCCAGAACGGGUGCCUCUGGAUGGCGCCAGGGUCCCACAAGUCGGGGGUCCAUAGACGCCUCACGCGGAACCCUGACAAGGAACCCGCGUUCAUCUACGACCGGCCGGCGGCUGUGUAUCCAGAAUCCAGCUUCACGCCGGUGCCUGUAAGCAAAGGUAAUUAUAAUAAUUAUAAUUAAAAAUAAUUGUAACAC